AUGGGGAAUGUGCUCUCAAGAAACGUUCCGCUGCGAGAAAGCUUGGUAAGGCUUGAAGAGCAGAUAAGCAAGAAAGAGAAAGCAGCCAAGGACCUUUCUGGGGCUCUGAACAGUCUUAGAAUAAAGAUGUUUCUGGCGUCAUGUGUGGUCAUUGUUCUUUCUAUGGCUUACUCGUAUGCCGAUGAUCAGAACAUGGUGCUGUUUGGAGUGGGAAGUGCACUUGGAUGCUAUAUAGUGAGGUGUGUUUUGAUCUAUUUGUAUGAGAUCCGAAUCCAAAGACUGGAGUCUAGUGUUGAAGCUCUAAAAGAGAUACAGAAGGAGCAAAUUGCCCUUUUGAAAAAAGAGGAGUCCUUUGAAGCGACAAAGAAAGUUAUUGACAAGUACGAGAGCGAGUCGAUGAGAAGGCAUUACUUUGGAAGCAUUAAGCAAAGAAGAAGGGGGAUGAUGGACAGUGUCACGGACAUUGUACUGGGGGACGAUCCAAGUACUAUGUAUGCGUUGAUUUGUAAGAGAUGCAAUCAUCACAACGGCUUGGUUCAUCCGAGCGAAUACGAUCUCAACGAGUUCUAUUGCUAUAAUUGCAAUGAGCUGAAUGCGAGAUCGAAGAAUAGGAACAGUAAUAAAUAA